AUGACGGCUCCUACCUGGGUUCGCGAUCUCCUUCCGCCAAAGGUGGCCGGCCCCGACUUGCUGGCUGCGGAACGCGCAGGCAGCGUCGUGGAUGCUGCCGCCAUUGCCAACAUGCUGUAUGGGCCCGAUGUUCUGGCGAUGCGUUCGCGUGUGGAGGCGACCCUCAUCGCCCAACAUUUUGACGACAAACUUGAAGCCCUGCCAUCGCUGGGACGCAUGCACAAGAUUGAGCAGUCGCUUGCUCGCGGAAAGUCUCUCAAGCACCUCCGGAAGGUGCACAGCUGGUCACCAGAGGAGUACUCGUACUCGUCCACAGCGUCCGGCGAGAUGAACGUUUACGGCUUACACGACAAGGCGUUCAUCAAGUGCCUCACGGACCAAACAACUGAUGAGCAGAAAGCGGCUUUCCUUGUUCCGGCACAGCAGGACAAGAUUAUCGGCUGCUAUGCGCAGACAGAGCUCUCACAUGGCUCCAACGUCCGCGGCCUCGAAACAACCGCGACGUGGUCGCCCCAUGAUCAGACGUUUGUCGUCCAUUCACCGUCACUUACUGCCAGUAAAUGGUGGAUCGGCACGAUGGGCGCACGGCCAACCAUGCUCUUGUGA